ACAAAGGUUACAAUUUUGAAAGAGUAGGAGGGUAGUUUCUCCUGGCUUGAUCCUGGUGGUUUCGAGUGUUCUGGGCAGAAUGGUAAGUCAUUGUGUGCGUCAUAGAGUUCGGAUGGAUAAUCCAAGUCUACUUCUAGUAUAUAGCCGAUGGGUGAAUCGUCAGGAGCAUUAAGAUCAAAAUUGUCUAAAUCCUUAACUCACUUCGAAGCCACUGUAAGGGAACGGUUGACCCAUUGUCCAACCUAAUUUCCAUAGUCGUGCAAUAUUUAGCGAAAAUCUCGUGGCUAUUGAAUUAAGAAAAACACAAGUCUUUUCAACAAACCAAUCUAUUUAAGGCUUACGGUUCUUGAUAUAUCAAAAAUUGUCAUCUAUGAUUUCCACUAUGGCCACAUGUGUAAAAAGUAUGGUAACAACUGUAAACUGUUAUACACCGAUACUGACAGCUUCAUAUACGAAGUUAAAUGUAAGGUUAUCUAUGCUGAUAUGAAAGAAGAUAUUAAGAACAAUGUAUGUCAAUUUCAUACAUCAUAUUAUCCGGUAGACAAUGUUUUCGACAUGCCGCAAGCCAACAAAAAAGUUUUAGGUAUAAUGAAAUAUGAAUGUUCAGGUCAAAUUGUUACGGAAUUUGUUGGCUUGCAGAGCAAGAUGUACAGUCUUCGUGUAAACGGUGAAGACUUUGUUAAAAAAUCAAAAGGAGUGAAAGCUGCCGUUCUUAGAACUCAAUUGUACAAUCUCGAACACAGUUUCUCAUCAGACUGCACAAUGUGAAAACGAUUAAAUAAAUUAAUAUUGUGUUAAGUCCUUACGA